AUGUAAAAUAACAAUAUUCGUUGUCCUAUUCAUCCAGAGAAUGAAUCAGUUUUUUUUUGUUAGGAUGAGAGUUGUAAGGAUAAAAGAAUUUAUUGCCAUGAUUGCCAACGAGAAAACUCACAUAUGGCAAAUCCAUAUAGACAUCAUCCAAUUAAUCAGAUAUCAUUAUUUUUAGAAGAAUCACAAAUAAUUUGUUAAGAUCUCUUGUAAUUUAUAGAAGAAAGCUUUCAACAAAUCUUAUAGUUCAAAAGUUAGUUGAUUUCAUCAAUAACAAUGAAAUAUCGAAUUACAAUUUAAUAAUUCAACAACAUGGAAAUCUAAUCUUAAUGCUAAGUUAUUGAUGCUUUGAUAAACUCUAAGAAUAUUAUUAAAACAAUUCGAAAAAAUAUGGAUAACCCUUUCAACUAAAUCUUGGAAAAAAUUCAAGACAGUAUAAGAGAUUUGAGAUUAGAAGAAGUAACGUAUCUAGCAUAGAAUAAUCAACAAUUUUAAAAUUUAUUUAAUCAAAGUAAUUUAUUAAUUUAAGUAUUAAGGUAAGUAAUUAUUUUAAUCAAAUUAAUAUGAUUAAGCUUUAGAAAUAAUUAAUUAAGCAAUAUCUAUAAUGCCAAGAGAUGUAAAUGCUCUUAAUUUAAAAGGUUAUAUAAUAUAAUAUAAUUUUAGGUGAAAUAUUAAUAAAAUAAAAUAGAUUUGAAGAUGCCUCUUAACAAUUUAGAUUAGCUCUUAUUGAGAGGAGAAAUGUUUAAUCUUUAAAUGGAUUAAGUAACUAUUACUACAAAUAUUAGGUGAGUGUUAUAUGAGAUUAGAAAGAACUUAAGAAGCCAUCUAAUUGAGUUUUGAAGUUUUAGGAAUUGAUAAUUAAAAUUAAAGAGCCUAAACAAUGGUGAAUUAAUUAAUAUAUUGA